AUGGAAUUCCUGGCUACCGCCGCCGGAGCCCAUGGCGGUGGCGACCACGCGAGGGCGGAGAAUCUUGUCAGGCCGGUUAACUACGUCCUCCGAAUCUUGGCCCUCGUCACCACCUUCAUCGCCGCCAUAAUUGUCGGCGUCGCCAGGGAGGCCGAGUCGCUGCUCACCGUCUCCGGAGUCGCCGGAGAUUUCAAGGUCAAGGCCACCGGUAACCCCCAAUUCGAGUAAGUCUCUCCUCUCUCGCUCUCUCUCUCUCUCUCUCAUCUCUUGACAGGAUCUGGUGCAGCUACUUCGUGGCGGUGAACGCGAUCGUGUGCAUCUACUCGGCGGCGUCUCUAUGGAUAUGGAUGAAGGGGGGGACGAAGAAGCUGACCUUCGCUCUCGCCAUGGUCGACCUGGUGGCCGUAGUCCUGCUCUUCUCCGGCCUCGGCUCGGCCUCAGCCAUGGGGAUCCUCUUCAGGAAGGGCUACGGCGACUUCUGCCCCAAUAUAUGCAAAGCCUUCUCCAAGUUCUGCGCGCACGUCUUCGCCGGCAUCGCCAUGUCCACCUUCUCCGCCGUCGCCUAUCUUCUCCUCGUCUUCCUCUCCCUCGUCAACCUCUACGCGUCGUCGUCUCUGUAG